UUUUGGUUUAUGACUCACAUCUGUCACAUGUGACAAUGACAUGUGUGUGUCAUAAUGUCAAAUAGUGGCGGGGCGGGUGAAGAUGUUUACUCAUAGUUUUGUUUUCUGUUUACUUUGAAUAUGUAAACAUUUAUUAAAUAAAAAAAACACGAUGCCGAGAGCGAUGCGUAAAAUGCUCCAAAAUGGAUACUCGCACGACGAACCCGAUCGAAUACCGAAUAAUAUAACAAUAAAGAAUUUAGAUAUAAUUAUGUAUGUAGUUGCAAUAGUGGGACAUCUUGUGGACCUCGGCUUAGAUAUAAAUGUGGCUGUAAGGUAUUCUUUAGCACAAAAAAUGAUGGAAUUUGGAUGGACGUUGACAUUCAUCCUUUUGCCAGCAUUUGUGAACACCGCUGUCUCUAUUAGAAUGUAUGCUCAAGACAAGCAACAGGACUCUGUAACUAAUGAGUUCACAAAGCGGCAUUGGCUGAGGAUCUUCAUUCUAGUGUUGCAGCUGGCUCCAAUACUGAGAUUCACUGAUGCUCUCAUUUAUGCAAUAAAGUCCCGUAGAGCAGAACGUAAGCAUGAUACAUCAUCACAGAGGAUGUACUACGGUCUGAUGCUAAAAGAGGACUCAGAUGCAGCCCUCCUGAGGGUGUUUGAGUGCUUCCUAGAGGCAGCACCGCAGCAAGUGUUGCAGACUAGUCUCUUAUUCCGAGCUUAUGAUCAAUUAGCAUUGCAUCAGAUUCUUUCAAUAUGCUCGUCGGUAGUGGGCAUGGGGUGGUGUUUGGCCGCGUACCAACGGGCAGUGCGCUUUGCCCAGCAGGACAAGAACAACAUGAACUGGUGCGGCACAAUACUGCAGACAUUGUGGCACUUCCUUGUUACAUUAAGUCGAGUGCUAUCUCUAUCCAUUAUCGCCUACCUCUAUCCCUACUGUACGCUGCUGGCGUGCGGCUGUCACGUGCUAGCCAUGUCCGCGUGGCUGCAGAUAUGUGACCGGCCGCCAUUUUGUGCGCACAACAAGAUGGCGGAGCUCGCCUUCUCGCUCGCACUCGGCGGUGUCUACCUCUUCACAUACAUUCUGCCUAUCGAAGGUAAGACUAGAUAUAGAUAUAGUGUAUAUUAUACAAUAUGUUUCUUACAGAAUAUAACUUGUACUAUUUUAUGGUAUUUCUUUGUUGAGGAUGAUAUGAGGUCGUCUAUUUAUUUUUACCCAGUUUUAAUGUUGAGUUUUGUUCCGUACAUGUUAGGAUUAGUGUUUAUGAUGAUUUACUAUAGGUUUUUUCAUCCGAAAGUUUUUGCUAAAAGAGAUGAAGUUGUUAUUAAUUUUAAAAAUGAUGAAAAUAUAAUGGAAAUU